CAACGCACCGCUUCACAAUCUCACCUGAUCCCAAGCCACGCCAACAAUGCCGGCUCAUUUUUUGUUUUCAGGAAUCGCAGCAGCCGGCGGAAACCUGGGACGGCUAUGUCGACUGGCGGAACAGACCGGCACUCCGGCGCUUCCACGGCGGCAUGCUCGCCGCAUCCUUCGUUCUGGGGGUGGAGAUUCUGGAGAACUUGGCGUAUCUGGCAAGCGCGAGCAACCUGGUGCGUUACAUGUCGGAGUACAUGCAUUUGUCGCCGGAGAAGUCGGCCAAUUCGGUCACCAACUUCAUGGGCACCGCCUUCCUCCUCGCCAUCCUCGGCGGCUUCCUGUCGGACGCUUUCUUCCCCGCGUAUCACAUCUUUCUGAUAAGCGCACUCACCGAGUUUCUGGGCCUGAUCCUUCUAACAGUGCAAGCUCGGUCGCCGUCGCUGAAGCCGCCAGCAUGCGGCGGAGGCGAAAGGCCGAGCAGCCCCUGCUCGGAGGUCAGCGGGUGGAAGGCGGCGAUGCUGGGCACAGGCUUGUACUUGGUGGCGUUAGGCGUGGGAGGCAUUAAAGGAUCGCUGCCGGUACAAGGAGCAGAGCAGUUCGAUGACGGCACGCCGGAGGGGAGGAAGAAGAUAUCCACGUUCUUCAACUACUUCGUCUUCUGUCUGGCCUCCGGUGCCAUAAUUGCGGUGACGUUCGUGGUCUGGAUUGAGGACAAUAAGGGCUGGCAAUGGGGCUUUGGCAUCGGUACUUUGGCCAUAGUUUUGUCGAUCCCAGUUUUUCUUGUUGGUUCGUGCUUUUACAGGAAUAAGAUACCCUCUGGAAGUCCUCUCACAACCAUAUGCAAGGUUUUGUUAGCAGCCGCACUAAACUCUUGCCUAAGAAGCGGCUCAAGCAACGCAAUAGCGAGCAUGGCCGCCGCCACCACCAGCCAAGAAGAAGAACAAACACCAAAUAAUAAUGAAUCUCCCUUUGCCACCCCAACAGAGAGCCUCAAGUUCCUCAACAAAGCGGCUCAGAACAAGCCAGCCCACCCAGCCCUGUCCUGCUCGGCGCAGCAAGUCGAGGAAGUCAAGAUCGUCCUCAAAAUCCUCCCCAUUUUCGCCUCCACUAUCAUCCUCAACGCCUGCCUCGCCCAGCUCUCCACCUUCUCCGUCCACCAAGCCGCCUCCAUGACCACCCGGGUCGGCUCACUCCAAGUCCCCCCGGCUUCCCUCCCCAUCUUCCCCGUCCUCUUCAUCAUGAUCCUCGCCCCUAUCUACAACCACUUCAUCGUUCCCUUCGCCCGCAAGGCCACCCGAUCCGAAAUGGGCAUCACCCAUUUACAGAGAAUCGGAGUCGGGUUGCUCUUCUCCAUCCUCGCCAUGGCUAUCGCUGCUUUAGUCGAAGUGAAGCGCAAGGCAGUCGCCCGGAACAAAUCCCUGGUCGACUCUACCAAUCCGUUGCCGAUUACUUUCUUCUGGGUUUCUUUCCAGUACCUGUUUCUGGGAUCGGCCGAUCUUUUUACACUGGCCGGAUUGAUGGAAUUCUUCUUCAGCGAGGCGCCGGCGGGGAUGAGGUCACUGGCCACGUCGCUGUCGUGGGCGUCGCUGGCAGUGGGGUAUUAUCUCAGCAGUAUCAUUGUAUCCGUUGUGAAUAAUGUGACGGCCGCGGGAAGCUCGAACCGGCAUCCAUGGCUGGCUGGGAGGAACUUGAAUCAUUAUCGGCUGGAUCGGUUCUACUGGCUGAUGUGUGGGCUGAGUGGACUGAGUUUCUUCAACUACCUCUUCUGGGCUAGGCGGUACAAGUACAGGUCGAAAGGCCUCGAGAAGUGAUAUGGUCGAAUUGUUUGUGUCAUCGCGCUGUGUUUAUAUUAGUUGCAGUAUAUCUUCUUCUUCUUCGUUUGUCGUCAGGGUGGUGUAAUAUAUACAUAUGCAGACUGAUACAUAUUUAUAUAUAAUAUAAAAUAUAUAAUCUUA